AUGGCUGUCCCGGGUGCCAUUUAUCGUCCAAACGAGGUGAGCCAUUCUGCUUCUGAUGCAACCGAUAACGAUAACACCGCUCGUGGGGGCGAACUGUUGGCGGCCAUCAUGAAGGCAAAGUGGUCCCACUUUAAACUUGUCAUCACGACUCUUUCCAAGACCCUCAAGAGCGUGUUAGACGGACAGUCUAUCAGCGAGAUCUACCACAUCAAAGGACCAGUUAUCCCAUCCUUGACCGAUAUGGCUGCAGCUCAUAACUUCGAGGGUCGCCGAACCGCCAAGUUGAACAGGUCACGAAGUUCUGAUACGAAUGCUUUAACGAGAAGCCUCAGAUCGAAUUUUUCUCGAGAGACGAAAGGCAAUUGUGAAGUACCAAAACGAUACUGA